UGUUCCGAAAACCGGAAGUAAAGCUGACGACUUUCAUUUUCGAAGGAGCUAAAAGAGGGAGGAUGGUUAAUUAUUCGACUUGCAAUAUUUUGUGUAUAAUGGAGGUGCUUUGAUGCUGCAAGAUGAUCAGGGAUGGCAUCGGUAACAGAAAGACAAAGUGUGAAAGCGAAAAUUUUAGAGAACGUCGCUAAAGCUGUCAAAAAUAUUCAAGGUAAAUAUGUAACAGCUGAUCCUGAAAAUCCAGUCUUCCUUGGAAAUGAUGAUGAAUCAUGUCAAAAGUUAUGUGAAAAUCUUGAUCGAGUUUUUCUUCAUGGGUUGAAACACAUACAGUAUGGAUACUGGAAAGUUGUUGCAGAAUUUACAAACAAACAAUGUGUGAAAGAUAUAAAGCAACUUCAGCAUGUUACUACGGACUUAGGAAAAGGAAGGUCCUGGCUUUUUAUGGCUUUGAACGACUGUUUGUUAGAGAGCUAUGUGAGAUGCUAUGAAGAGAAUAUUAGAUAUGUCAGAAAACACUAUGUUAAAGAGGCACUGCUUUUGGAUCAACAGAGUGUGAAUGUGUUGUUGACAUUGACAGCAGGCCUGGAGUUCGUAGUGUUUCAGCUGGAAUACGAUCUUCCAUAUUUGGACUUGGGUGUGACACCUCAUCCUCGCUCCACAUCUGUCUCAGAGCAAGUUGACGAUGAUCGAGUGUCGUUGUGUAGCAUGGAUAGUGUGGCUUCUAUCAGACCGAAUGUGCACUCCUCUUUAGAAACCUGUUCCACUUCCGACACCAGUGACACGAAAAGUAUCACAAGCAAUGAUCCAAAUUUAAAUCCACUGAGGGGUGAAAGUUACAUGGAAAAUAAGGAGGAGCGGCUAGGCUUGGUUGUUGCAGAUGAGAUAGAGAAUGUUGGGGAGGAAUCAAAUUUAGAGGUCAUUAGGGUUAAAGGGCAUGGAAGGCAAGGACAUGGCAAAAGGCGGAAGUCAAAGAAAAAUCACCGCCACAUUAGUAACAGUUCCCCUAUAUUGAGUGAGCCUUUGAUUGAGAAUGAGGAGGAAUUAGUAGAAACUCGAGAGAAAAAUUUGGUGCAAAAUGUACUAACAAAAGUGAAAGUAGCAGACAAAAUGAAAGAACCAGGGUAUGUUUCAAAAUACAGAGAGGAGGAAAAGUUGGAAGACAUUUUGAGUUCUCUUGGGGAACAUCAUAUUCUAUUCAAAAGUGAUGAUUCUAGAAAAAUUAAGAGUGGGGUGGUAGAUGAAGUUGACAAUUCUUCCAAACAUAGUGGAGAUACAAACAUGUAUUCUGAUGGGUGUGAAAUUAACAGUAAAUCACCAGAGGUGGAUGUGUAUAAAAGUCAAAGUACAACUGAAUACGAUUUCCAUGAAGUUGAUGAUAGUGAUGAUAUUCAUAGCAUUGAUUUUGAAAGUACACAUGGGAACAAAAAUGUACCCACACCAGAACUUAUUGAUAAAACAGAUACUAUGUCCCCAUUGGCUUGUGGGAAUGUGCAAUAUGGUGCUUUUAGCACCAACAUCCAUGACAACACUGUCUGUGAUAUUAAACAAUCUCAAAACCAUCUGCAAGAUGAUGAAGAUAAAAACGACAGUCAGAAAGAAGCAGAAAGGAAACCACUGACGAGUGAUGAAACGAGUAGUGGCUCAGUCUGCAGAAACACUGACAUGACAAAGAGUACCGCAGAUGAUUUAAGUAUAUACUCUACAAGUUUUUCUGCCACAGAAAAUUCUUCCUCAGCUUCUCAGAUGCAGGACAUGGUUGAUCACCUAAUCAGCCAAUCAAAUGCCACAUUACAACCACACAUGUUUGAGGAGGAGCCUGAAGAAUUGUCAAUAAGUGGAGAAGUGAAUAAACUCCAUCCUGGGGAAGUCAUGUUAGAGAACAACACCAGAUUAGAGCUUAUGCUAAAUAUAUUUGAAAAUUCAGAAGAACAAUUUAUAAGGGUGUAUGUGUCGCGUGUCGGCCACACAGAUGGAGAUGACCACCCUGUGUUCAUACUUCUCACUGACCACGGAAUCUACCUCCUGAACCAAAACCAAAGUGACUUCAAAUUCAUCAAGGACUUUUCUAUACCUUACUCCUCUAUAGAUUACAUUACACUCACAAUCUCUGAUCAGGCCAUCCACAUUGUGUGUAAGAAUCGUAGAAAUCAGUACUGGCUGACGACAGGAAGUCAGCAAGUCACCAGGUCCAUCAUAGACUGUCUUCAGGGACAGAUGAAGCAUCACCAGGACCAUCAGCUGGGUGUUCUGUCUGAUGCCAAAACUCAGAUGAUACCACUCAAAAAGCACAUUGCAAAGGAAAGCCUUUGUGAAUCAUCUGAAGUGGAGGUUGCUUGCUAUUCCUUGGUACACUGGGGAUCAGAUAUAGAGAACAAGACACACAAAGUGGAUGAAGCAUACCGAGAGGGGCACCUGCUUUACAGAGUAGUGGAGCCUUCUGGGGGAUUAUCUGGUAUCAGCAGUCAGAUUCUAAACAAAGUACAGGACCCCAUGUCCAUUUUGUAUGGACAGAGCUGGAAGUCAGCAUAUGUGAUACUGAGAGAUGGGAUGUUGUGUGUGUAUUCUGAGAAGAAUGGGAAGCCCACGAUGUUCGUUCACAUGGGUGAUGACUGUGUUGGAUGUCGACGCUGUAGUAAGUCUGAUCGAGAGAACUGCAUAGAGGUCAUAAAACAGGAUGGAUCGUCGUGGCAACUAGCCCUCGCUAAUGAAACAGAGGCCAAUGAUUGGCUGCAGAGAUUGUGUCAAGCAGUUGCUGAAGGAUUGCAGAAAAAAGAAGUAUCUAAGCCGAGUUGUCUACCCUGCUGUGCCAUAUUGACGUCUGCUAAACUCUUCCUGUUCCAUGAGGACCUUCAGAUAAGUUUCUUCAGAACUUUAGGAAGUGCCAAUAUCGCAGACAUCAUCUGUGUUCUAGUAGAUCCAACCAUCAAUACAUACUGCAUACUGGAGUUUGAAUCCCAUGAUGGGGGACUUAGCCAAGACAAAUGGGUGUUUUACUUCAAUGAUGAGGCUGAAAAAGACAGGUUUUUCUUAGCGUUGUCUGACAUUUGGAUUCAGUUUUUUCAGAUUGAAGAGAUGCCAGUAUUUGAAAUUGAAGACUUCUCUUUGCAAAGAACAUGUAGACUUACUGCAUCUCAGCUACAGAACUCCAUCAAAGUCAAAGGACAAAAAACAUAACAAACUUCAUAUCUUGUCUUUGUGGCUUCGGAAGGGAAAACGAUAGCUAUUAUUUGAGAUGUGAAAUUAUUCAUUGUGUUUACAUGUAUAUACUGUGAUUAUUUGAUUAUUUUACCUAAUUGUUCAUUUUAAGUGAGAGAGAUUUAAGAUGCUUUAUAAAUUCAAUUGCUUGUUUGCUAAUGCUUUUUAAAAAUCUGCACUUAAUUUGAUUGUGUAAACUGUAAAGUGAUUGUAUUUUUUUUUUAUUUUUUUUUUUUUAGCCAAUAUAGUUGUCAAAGGUUUUGUCUUGACAAUAAGUUUUAAAUCUUGGUGUUUGUUUUUAUAUUAUAUGCUCCAUUGAUAUUUAUUUUAAAAAAUAAAGAGUGAUAAUAUACA